GCCAUACUUUCCAUCGACGCUAAGCCUAAGCCAUCUGGAAUCCGAACAAACGUCACUCCCUUGUCCCAUCAACAUGGUGUCGAAAGAACCCGUCUCUGUCGUCUGGUUCCACGUGGCAGACGUCAGGCUGAACUUGACCAGUGGCUUACCUCAAAGCAUGGACAGUCAUCGCAAACCAAAGAAAGUUUACGCUUUGGUGGCUCCCGAGCCUCCACCGACCAAAGUGCUGGGAGCAACUGUUGGACUAGUGGACGGUGCUCACUGGAAGCAACAGCCGUGGAUCGGCAAGGCGUUCUUUUCACUGCUCAGUGAUCCACCCGCUUUACUUCUGAAUCGGCUGGAUCGCUCCGACACCGGAAGUUACGUGUGCAACGUUUCGUACAACGGUGACAAGGUAACCGACGCGGGUGUGACCAUAACGGAGGCUAUCGUGGAUCUGUUUAUAGCAGUUCCUCAGCAGCCACCGGUUAUUAAGGACUCCCAAGGCAACCAACUGCGUGCCACAGCAGGGCCUUACGCUGAGGGCGACACCGUGAUGCUGACUUGCGGUGUGCCAGCUGCUAGCCACAAACUGACGCUCGCUUGGAGGCGAAACGGCCAACCGCUGGGGUCACCGCCAGCUACCGUCGCGACGCCCAGUGGAGGAUGGGAGAACCAUCUCGACCUGGGUCCUUUAUUCCGCGAGGACUUGUUCGCGAACGUCAGCUGCGUGGCAACCAGCGACGUCACUCUGCCUGCGGAAAGCUCGGUGCUUAUCGACAUGUUCCUGCCGCCUGCCGAAGUUUUCCUCUGGAGCUGGCAUCAUGGCGAUGUCGAUGCCUCCGGAUGGGUCAUGGUCGCCCCUUCGACAACUGGAACUACAUCUUCGGCUAGGGCUUCGACAUCCGUUCUUGAGUCUAAGACGGGUAGCUCGCACCUCUCCCAAGGAACAUCUCGGCCACCAAAUGCAGAUCCGGAUUCGGCUACCGAUUUCUACGCUCCGCGCAGCUUCGAGUGCGAGGUAUCUGGAAGCCGUCCGCCAGCAAACAUCUCAUGGUUCCUGGACGGAAUGCCGUUGGACGUGCGCUUGAGUCACACUCGCACCCGAGGCAACGUAACGGCAAGCGUGCUUCUCCUGCCAUCUCAAAUGCACGCGGGAAAGCUCCUUGAGUGCCGGGCUAGCAACGACAAUUUGCGAGACCAUCGAGGAGUGGUCAGUCGCUACUUGGCUGUCAAUGUGUCAAGCAAGCCAGAAGUGAGCAUCAAACUGGGCACCGGUCUCAAUGCUAGCCGCAUCACGGAGGGAGUAGACGUGUACAUGGAGUGCUCCGUCCUCGUCACUUCGAGAAUCACCGACGUUAAAUGGAGUCGUGACGGCCAAGAGCUCGACGCGGAUCUGACCGAGGGCAUUGUGAUGACUUCUCGCUACUUGGUGAUCCGCGGGGUGACUCCCGGCCACACCGGAAGCUACACGUGCGGAGUAACUAGCACCCGCGGCGACACCGUCGAGAGCACGCCGCUUCUCAUCCGCGUCAGAUACUCUCCCAGGUGCGAUUCUGAGGAAGAUCGCAUCCUGCGUGUUGAGAAAGACGCAGCCGUCAACGUCACCUGUGAUGUGCGAGCCGAUCCUAAUGUAGGCCUACGCUAUUUCUGGCUCGCGGGUGACGCUGCGGAAGUUGCGGAAACCACGAGGAAAAGCCAGCCCACCCGGCCCGAGCAAGCGAAUGCACCGCUGGUGACGGCCUCGGAGCGCCUGGAGAUCAUGGCCAAUGCUUCGCUCUUCAAUGCGGCUCUCGCGUGCUGGGCGGAGAAUGCUGUGGGAACUCAGAGGAAGCGCUGCCGAUUCAAGUUCAUAUACAAGGGAGAGGACUCGCCCAACCUUACGUGCACGGUCGGCAAUUACACGGACAGUUCGUUCUCGCUGACAUGCUUCACACCUCUUGUCAACGGCACGACGACGACGACGACGACGACAAGGAGGCUGAGACAAGAACGGCGACUCCGAGUACAGGUGCUUGACACUAGGAGGGGCAACCGGUCUGAACGGAGCUUCUGGAGCACGGACCUGGGUCCGAUACUCGUCAACCGACUCCGCUCUUCCACCGAUUACUUGGUCGUGGUUCGAAUGCCUCCUGAUGCGAGCUUCCGGACCUGGGUGCGCACUCUGGGCCCAGCUCAAACCCUGAUUAGUCAAGGAGAUGUCAAGAGGAACACUCAUUACGGACGCUGGGCACUUGCCCUGAGUGUCGUCGUGUUGGCGUGCAGCCUGGCUGUUACUCUGAUGGCAGUGAUCGGCAUCUACUGCAUACAUGCCCGCAGAGGGCAGACGAGGAAGAGACGGAAGCCACCGGACAAGAAUUCCAAGAGCGACCUCAGUUUGAAUGGGCGUGAAGACGUUGACUCUGUGCACAUUGGAGACCACAAGGCCUACCUCGCCACGACGGAUAGCUGCUGACAGCUCAGAGCUCACGUGCUGUGUAAAGUGUACUGAACUCAGAUCGGUAGCAAUCGAUAUCACAGGGAAGAGCUACGGAUAUUUCCUGAUGCGGAAUGCCGUUUGGUGAUGCGUGAAGUAGAUAAGGAAGGGAGCUUCGCGGACGCCAGCUGACAUUAUAGAGUUUCGGCUCGCCCGUACACGUAUGAACGUUUACGGAAUACAAUGUUACCGGAACCGUAGACGGCACUGGCAACGCUGGUAGCGACACAUUGUGAUAAGUUGUCAAACCUUAACGCGUGAGAAGUUUUUUAGCUGCGUGGGUGCUCUCGUCGAAGAAGAAAAAAAUAAAUGGUGUGUUAAUGA